AUGAAUGCAUGGCUCCUUACGUGGCUGGCGGUGGUCCUGGCAGUUGUUGAGCCCGUAAGCGCCAACAGCUGCACGGCCGCCGAAAUCCCAAACCUGCUGGCGAACCAUGCCACCACCACGAGUUGCUGGACCGUGAUUGUGGUGAACCGGCAGAAGGUUGUAUAUGAUGUGACACGCUUGCUGUCGAACCACGAGGGCGGCCGCAGAGUGAUUGAACAGAUGUGUGGGCUUGACGGUUCCAUUGGAUUCUGGUGUGUUCACGGCCUGGAAGACCUGCAGGAAUCCAUUGCGGACGGCGACGCCACGGAAAUCUGCAGGACUGCGGUUUCGAUCCCGGCUCGACGUCUGGAUGGCGAUGACGAUGACGAUGACGAGGACGAGGACGAGGAUGAUGACGAAGGCAUGCGCAACAAUUGUGCGGUUGGAGGCUCCCUGCCUGCAGCCCCUGCGACUGCCAUCCAAGCCUCUGAGGUAGCUCAGCACAAAUCUUCCGAUGACUGCUGGACCAGUAUGGAUGAUGGAAGUCGAAAUGUUGUCAUGGAUGUGUCCCUGUACACCCACUAUCAUCCCGGUGGCAAGGCUUAUGUCCUGUCCAUGUGUGGCAAAGAUUCAACAGCAUCAUAUCGGGCCUUUCAUCCGUUUUCCUACUUGGGCCAAGGGGUGAACCAUGGCUACAUCAUCAUGAAGGGCAAUCUGCAAGGCAGUUACCCGGCACCUGCGCCAGUCCCUACCACGACGCCAUCUGGAAGUCCGAGCCCAAGUCCAUCGGGUCCCAGUCAGUACACCUCGAUCACGGCCUCGAUGCUGUCUGCUCAUGCCAGUCCGAACGAUUGCUGGGGCCGGAUUGGCACUUGGGUGGUGGACAUGACCGCAUUACGCAGCACGCAUGCGGCUGGUAGUUCAAUGCUUCUGUGUGGCCAGGACGUGACCACCUCCUUCAGAAGCAUCCAUGCUGAUUCCUACAUCUCGCGAAUGCCGGUCAUGGGAACCUAUGAUGCCACUAUCAACCGCAAUCCUACGCCAAGUCCAACCUCGACGACAGCGCCGGGAGCACCAACACCAACCCCUCCACCUUCGAACAUUGGAGGGGGGACCUCUGUCCUGAACCCUACAGUUCCGACGGAGAACGUGAACCUGAUCUCGAGCUCUGAGAUGUCUUGGCACUCAGUUCUGUCAGAUUGUUGGCUGGCCAUGCGUUGCAAGGUGUACGAUAUGACCAACUACAUACCCUUCCACACAGGAGACCGGUACACUCCACCAGGAGGGCAAGGGGCCAUCGAGAAGCUUUGCGGCACAGAUGCAACCGCAGCCUUUGAAGCCAUCCACCCCAUCUCUUACGUUGACCUGUCCGUGCGUUCUGGUGCUUUGGUUCUUGGUGACCUAGCUGGCUGCGGAAGUUCUCCAGUGACUUCAGUUACUACCACCACCACCGCCUUGAUGACCACAGUUCAGAAUGCAACCAUGUGGUAUAAUCUGAGCUUCCCGAAUCUGGUCGCCUCCAGCUAUGACCUCACUAGCGCGCAGACAUCGGCCUCGCUCGCGAUCAAGGUGCACGAUGCCAUGGCAGCCCAGGGCCUUGCAAACGUGAAGGUCGUCGUCUCCAACCUGCGACCAGGUUCCAUCAAAGCCACGGUCGGGUUUCAAAUGGCGGAUGUCGGCCAGCUGGAUGCCGUGAGGCUCUUUGGCACGAAGCUGAACACCGUCUCGUGGAUGGGUGACACGGCCACGGUGGAAGGCACCCCUCAGCUGGAGCUUAGCUAUGCAGGUUCCGGAGGGCCGGCUCCCGCACUUCCCUCAAGUUUGCCGGUCUACACAAUUCACCAGGUUCAGGACCACAACACCGAGAUGGACUGUUGGAUGGCUGUGCAUGGAAAGGUCUUCUCCUUUGUGGGGGCGGCCAAAGCUCAUCCCGUCGGCAGCUUCUUGUCUUUGGGUCUUUGCGGGGUGGAUGCCACAGCCACGUUCGACUUGCAUCAUCCCAUGAGCUACCUGACAAAGCCUCUCCUGAGCCGGAUUGGAGGAGGCCAGAUUGGCACCCUCUCUUCCGCGUCGGCCAUUGACGCGUCCAAGACCUACCCGCGGCCCUCGCCCAUCCAGGUGUUGCCGAACAUCGAGGUGACGCUCACGGGCGGCUCCACGGAUUUCUUGCAGAGACACAACAAGGAAGCGGAUUGCUGGAUGUCCGUCUACGGAAAUGUUUACGCCUCCGAGGGCUUGUUGGCACAACAUGACGGUGGCCGGGCCAACGUGGCCGCUCUUUGCGGGCUCGAUGCAACAGCCUCUUUCGACUGCGUGCACGGACCUGAUGAGCUCCAGGAGGCAAUUGACGAUUAUGGCAUCACGAAAGUUGGGACCACGACGACAAUUCUGGGACGAGGUUGCACCUUCCAGCUUCCUGCAGGAAUGCUUCCAGACAGGUUGAUCGCUUGGGAGGAGCUGGCCAUGCAUUCUACGACUCAGGACUGUUGGAUCCUCCUUGGCUCUGAAGGCAUCAUCUGGGAUGUCACAGCCUACCUGCCCAAGCACACGGGCGGUGCAUCCAGCGUCGGAAUCCUCUGCGGUGCCAAUGCCACGAGGUCUUUCGACAAGAACCACAAAGUAGGCUACAUGACAACCCUAGCACAGAAGGGCGGCUUCCCACAGGGCAAGAUCACUGGCGAGCAGCCAGCACUUGACUCCGGCAACGUGCAGCUUGCUCCACUGACCAUGGACGAGGUGGCAAAGCAUAACAUCGCGGCGGAUUGCUGGAUGGCAGUGCACGGCUAUGUCCUGGACGUCACCGGUUACCUGGACCGGCACUCAGGAGGUCGGAUGAGCAUUCAGGCCUCUUGUGGAGCAGACGGGACUCGGUCCUUCGACUCUGCAUCGCACCCCCAGAGCUACAUCACGAUGAUGGUGCAAAAGCGCUUCGCAACCAUGAAGGGCUGUGUGGGAAGCUGCACUAGCGGUGGUUCCACGCCGACCCAAGGCAACGGCAUUGCAGCCCCAGAGUCAAUGACAGGGCCAACUGGCCAGGUCCCUGCAAGGCAGUGCCAAGCAGACGAGCCGACUCCACCCGCGACCACCGUGACGGACGCAGAGCUGCAGAUGCACAACACACCCACGGACUGUUGGAUGGUCCUGGGCUGUGGAGUCUACGAUGUGUCUGCAUACAAGCACAGUGGCGGAGAUGGCUCGGUGCAUGCAUGGUGUGGUGGCGAUGGUACAACGUCCUUCGUGGGGAAGCAUCCGUGGACCUAUCUGCAAAUCCUCGUGAACAAGGGCGCGGUUCUCAUGGGGAAGUACGGCGGAACUUCAGUACCUCAGAGCGUGGGAAGACAGACACCCCUGGUCCUCAGCGAGAUUGCCAAGCACAACACCCCCACAGACUGCUGGUCCUGUGUCCAUGGGAACGUCUAUGACCUCACUUUCUACAUGCCAGACCAUGAUGCUGGCACUGCGGUCAUUGAGCCAAUGUGCGGAGAGGAUGCUACGGCUUACUUUGCCAUGGCUCAUGCGAAGGGUGCUCUCGAUGGGCUCCCCAUCAAGGGCUCCUGUGACCCACGUGCAGAGCAGGCAUUCACCGAGCAGAACAUUUUGGAUGGUUUGGCCUUCGUUGCCUAUGUGCUUUUCCCUUGGUUUCUCCACCACGUGUCUCCUGUGUUCAUGAGCCCUGCCAUGCAAGACAGGAUCUUCCGCAGGCCAAUUGUGGCCAAGCCUCUUACAGGUUGCCUAGGGAACCUCUUGAACAGCUACCUGGAGAUGCCGAUCGGGGUUGCCGUGAUGUUGCUCUGGUUCCUGACGGCCACCGCGCUGCUCUCCACCUUCUGGGCGAUCCACUACGAGCUCUACUACCUGCCCGAUUUUACCGUGCCAGGCUGGAUUGGCCGAAUGACGGUAUACAUGAUCUCCAUCGCCACUUACCUGGGAACCCGUCGCUGGUCCUUAGCAUGGACUAUGUAUCAGAUCUCCUACGAAAAGACACUCAAGGCUCACUACGUGGUGGGCUCCGUGGCCAGCAUCUACAUGCUUCUGCAUGGGAUCCUGUACAUGGUUGCCUUCGGGCCGGACAUGCUGCCGGAGCAUCAGGUGACGACCGCCUACACGCUCUUGGUGUGCAUUCUUAUUGUGUUUCCCUUCAGCAUCAACAAUUUCCGGGUUCGGUGGUACAGUGUUUUGCAAGGUCACUCACUUCCUGGCACCUGUCAUAGUUAUUGUGGCGAACCUGCACAUCCUCUCUCUCAACGUUGA